UCCGUCACUGUACUUCGGCGUUUCUAUCAAGCAUCGAGGAGACGGGUUAUCUUCAUUACUGUGCCAGAUUGACCGUCCGCUCGGAGCCAUGAGGGUCUUUGUGCUAACACUACUUCUACUGCUCAGCAGCCUGGUUCAGGCAAGGCGUGGCUUUCUUGAUGGCGGACAGGAGUGGGGCUACGUCGAUGUUCGGGAGGGCGCUCACAUGUUCUACUGGCUGUAUUACGUGAAUGGGGGCCAAGAGCCCUCGGGCAAGCCGCUAGUCAUAUGGCUCCAGGGAGGUCCCGGCGCUUCCUCCUCCUCGUUCGGGAACUUUGAGGAGAUGGGGCCGUUGGAUUUAAACCUGAAAAGGCGUGAGAAAUCUUGGGUAAAUCAUGUCAACCUCCUGUUUGUGGACAACCCGGUGGGAACGGGAUUUAGCUUUGUGGACAAAUCACGCUACCUUGCCAGAGACAACCAACAGAUUGCAGCCGACCUUGUCCAGUUGUACCUUGGCUUCUUGCGAGAAAACCCCAAAUUUAAGGGAGUGCCCCUCUACGUUUUCUGCGAGUCAUACGGCGGCAAGAUGACGGCCGAGUUUGCCUACGAAUUGUACAAGGAAAAACAGAGGACGAACAACACCGACAUAAACAUCAGAGGCGUGGGCCUGGGCGAUGGCUGGAUUUCGGGUCUGGACUCCACCAUCACGUGGGCUCCGUACCUCAAGCAAUACGGCCUCCUCGACGAGCGUGGCUACAACUCCGUGGACGCCGUGGCCCAGCGUUGCCGGCUCGCCGUGGAGGGCGGCGAGUGGGUUCGCGCCACUGCCGAGUGGGGCAACGCGGAGACCGCCGUCUCGAUGGCCGUGCCAGGCUUCACGGCGGACAACUUCUACAACAUCUACGGCGGCCGCCUCAGGCCGGGCCGAGGCGAGCUAAAAGCCGAACGCAACGCAUCCCUGGCGGCCCUCACUGCAGCAAAGGGCAUGCCGCUGUCGCUGCGUGCGUACGCCGUCCACGCCGGCUUGCGCAGCGUCGCCAGCACCAUGAGGCGUGUGCAAGAUGCCCUGGGACUCCCUCCGCGUGUCCGCCACGUUGCGCAGAGCACCCCAGUCUUCAACGCCCUCAAGGGUGACUUCAUGAAACCCGUCGUCAACGUUGUGGAAAGGCUGCUGACCGAGACCCCAAUGGAAGUGAGUGUCUUCAACGGCGAGUGGGACCUGAUCGUCGAUGUGAUCGGCACCCUCAACUGGGUAAACCGCCUGCAGUGGCCGGGUGCGAGUCAAUGGAAGGCGGCCCCGCAGAAGCCCAUCACAGUCAACGGGCAGGACAACGGGUACUCCCAAUCCUGGGGCAACUUCACGUUCUACUCUAUCAGCAGGGCAGGCCACAUGGUUCCGUCCGACAACCCGGACGCCGCUAUCGCCAUGCUGCGGCGGAUCACACAUCUCGACUGAAAACUGCGGCGGCUGCAUUGUUUUCAAUCAGCUCACUUGUAAACAAGUCAAGCAAACAAAUAAAUGUUUCCUGAUUUGGUUCAUUGAA